AAUAAAGAAAAAAAAAAACAUCUCCUUUAAGGAACAAACUUCUAAACGAGGCUUUGGAGAUCUACAAAGACUUAACGGUGAUCUAAGGAUCAGCAGGAUCCCAACGAUAAAAUCAUGAUGAACGUUACAAUGAUCCCCAGGAUGGGCAAUUGACAUAUGACAUCAUCAAAGAUGUCAUCUAGAGGCUGGGACCGAUCUACCGGAUCAGAGGACAGUGCGUCCGAGUGACUCUUAGGAUAGUUACAGGCGGAAUCUAGCGUGUGUUACGAUGAAUGAAUCUGCUAUUAACUGCACCAUCGAUCACGAUCUAGACAUGUACAUGUUUCCAACCAUUUAUAUUAUCGUCAUAGCGAUAGGCGUCCCCAUAAACUGCGUCUCGCUCUACGUUUCUUACCAACAGGUGAAAAAGAAGAACGAGUUGGGGAUCUAUCUGUUUAAUUUGUCUUUCUCGGAUCUGCUCUAUACAAUGACUUUGACUCUUUGGGUGGACUUCAGCCUCCAUCACGAUAACUGGAGGUUUCCAGAUUGGGUUUGUUCCUUGAGCGCCUUCUUCAUGCACACCAACCUAUACAGCAGCGCAGGCUUCCUCACCUGCAUCUCCCUCGACAGGUACCUCGCCGUGGUUUUUCCGCUGAAAUUCAGCCGCCUCCGCACCAGGAGAACGGCCUUAGGGAUCAGCCUGAUCGUUUGGCUCAUACAGAGCGCGUCGAAACUCAUCAUUCUAGUUCAUAAAGAAACGUUCGUCGUCUCGAGAGACGUUCGGUGUUAUUACAUCUUCCCCAUGGAGAAAUGGAAGUCUACCUUUAGCAUCAUCAACGUGUGCUUUGGGCACUUCGUCCCGCUAACCAUCAUGAUUUUCUGUUACUGUAAAAUCUACGCCGCGGUGAAAAGCAACCAGGCCACGGCCAGCGGGGACAAAAAGAAAAUCAAGCAGCUUCUCUUUACUAUAGUGGUGACUUUUAUUAUAACUUUCACUCCGUACCACGUCGUGCUGUUGAUGCGGAGUAUAUGGGAGCCCGGGAACUGCCUGUUCGCUAAAAAAAUGUUUAGUCCGUAUAAAAUCACCCUGGCGCUGUCCAGCCUCAACUGCAUCGCCGACCCUCUGCUCUACUGCUUCGUGAGUGAGACGGGGAGAGCCGACUUGAAAAGCAUAGCGCGCUGCUUUACCCAGUACAGCGAGGCCUCGGCGGAGAACGCACCCCCCGGGAAGAAUAAGUAUGCGAUGUGUGAGAUUUCAGGGCGCGACAACACAGAAAAAGGGACGGACUUUAUUCUAUCCAAAAACGACCAAACAUACUGAUACAACGUUGCACUGUGAAUCGACAUCGGGUCACCCGUAUGAAGGUCAUUGCAAAAUGGUCAUUAAUGCGGGCCGUUCAAAUGAGAUUCCCAGACUUAUUAAAUGUUCCUUAGGUGUGUAAACUUUGGAUUUUUAUAACAGAAUAAUAGUUGU